AUUAAAUUUAAACGUACCAAAACAUUUUGUUACCCAAACAUCUAUAAAUUUGUUAAAAAAUAAUUUAUGCUCCUCAACUGCACUUUUACCGGUUAACAAAUGGACAAAACCCAGUGUUUUUUGGCCAAACUAAUGAUUGAUUAAAGUAUUAGUUUUAGAUCUAGUUAUUAGUAUUAGUAUUAACUAGUAUUUUAAAUAAAAUAUUUGCACCCCUGCCUAUGCUUAUUUAGUUUAGCCUGCCUAUAAUUAUUAUAAAUAACUAUAAAAAAUAAGGCAUAAGUGCUUUUUAUUAUAAAACAUGAACAUUUUUUGGAAAUUAAUAUUAGGCUAAUAUCUGUUCUGUUAUGUUAUAUAUUAUAUAGUAUAUGUUAUCUAUGGGCAAGUAUAGUAAGUGUAUAAUAUAAUAAUAUAGUAUUAGUAUAGGCAUAGUAUAGGCGAUAAAAAUGUUAUUGUUAUUGAUCAUUGAUAUUAAUAUUGGGUCACAAUAAGUUAAAGGAAGUUUGGGAAAAGCUGGUGUACAGUUAAGUCUGCUAUAUGGACCAUUUUUAUGGAACUGAAUUUCUCAAAGUAGCCUAGAGCCUAAUAUAGCAGGUGUACCCUAAGUCUGGCCCACGGUCCAAAUUUAGCCCAUGAGUGAUUUCAACAGUCAUGAAAUUUCUAGAUUUCAUUCAUAAGAAGCAAUUGUAUUUAUUUUCUAAGAUGAGUCAUGUGGAGAACAUGGUGAUUUGCUUUUGCACAAGAAUGUCAGAUGGCUAAACAAAGAAACACAUUUAGAACAGUUUUGGAUAAGUCAUGAGGAUUGGCCAAAAUAACAAUUAACUUAAGUAUGAUUAUUUCUCAUAACUCUGAACUUGAUGAAGGUUGGGUUGGGUAGUUUGUGGAAUUUUGCACAAAUGUGGACAUGAUCCUACCGAUACCUUUGUUUUUUUGGCAGACAUUACUGGCAAUCUUAAUACGAAGUGGCUAUUUGCAUCCGGUUACCAGGAGUGAGAGGUUGGGAAUAAAAAAAGUAUUUAAAAUAUUAUUGUUGGGUUUGUAAGACAAAAUGAGGUAUCAAAUGAAAGACAAUUGAAUGGACUGUAUGUUUGUAAAAUUAAUUCUUCAUUUUAACUAAAAUAAACUACCAAAAUGACAUCCGGAUAGCAUUGAGUCUAUUGGGACCCAGGUGCGAAUGGUGGAGAUGCGUGUCCGGGUCCAUCAAAAAAACUAAAAAAUCGCUCAGAUCUUAUCUAGCUUAUCCAAAUGGUCAAAUACUUGCAGAAGAUAAUCUUGCAUCUUCUUUUUCUCCUCUAGAAGUAGAAGUGCUUGGAAAUCAUAACUGAAGAUGACCUCAUCUUAUGUUUAAAUAGUUUGAUACCAAUGAAUAGAGGAAAUAUCUGAUUGAAAAAAAAAAAGAAUGAUCUAUUUCCCUGAAACUGGAACUUGAAUUUUAUUGAAUUUAGCAACUUUCUGAAAUAUAAGUAGUAUCGUGUGACCUGUCUUUUAAUUAAAAAAUUUUUUUUUUAUCAGCACAGAGCAUCAGAAAUAGUCAAUCAUGGAGAUAUCGGGCUUAAGUUUAAUUCACUGCUGUAAUGGCCACUAAAUCUUUUUAGCAACAAAGUUUUGGAGAUGAAUGGCCCCAGAGAGUAAUAAAUCAUUUUUCAACAUUUUUUUACACCUCAUUAAGCAACAAACUAGUCAUUGGUUGUUCUCCAUCAUCUGUACGAGUGUACUAUUAUUUGGAAUAUUGGCUUUGGAGAACUCCCUUUUGAGUGUCCCGAUGCUCAUACAAUCCUAGGCUAAUUCAAACUGGCCAUAUCUUGGUUGAGAGGCAGGGAAUGUUAUCAUUGAAUCACAAGGACGGACUAACAAAAGUAUUGAUUGAAUUAGAUUUUUAUGUCACUAAGUACCUGGCAAUAGAAACUUGUUUGCAAUUACCUGAUUAUAAAAAAUAAAAAAAUCCAUCUGCGGCUUGAAUGCACUUGUCUGCUACUCUUGUUAUGUUCUUAUUCAAAAUUCUCUGCUUGUCAUUUACUCAGGGAGAACUGGACCUGUUACCACUGACUGAGCUUGUCAUUUACCCAGGGAGAACUGGACCCGCUACCACUGACUGAGCUUGUACAGACAGACAGAUGCCAUAGCCAUGCCCAAGCCUCAAAUAGUUUUUGUCUUGGUGGGCAUAAGUGUUGUGUUCCUUGUUAUGCAGUUUUAUGGAAUAAAGGUAAAUUUGUUAAAUUACCGCCACACAUUCUCUUGGAACUUUAAACCCCUAACAAAUUGCAUCUUUUGUACAACAGUAUCUCUCUAGAAAACAAAUAGAUUAUUAAAACAGAUGAUUUGUGUAUUUAAUUUAAAUUCAUUGGACUUUCUUGUUUGUUUCCCAGUACCUCUAUGAGAAUCUCAACUCAAAUAAGCCAAUUGAAGAGAGAGUCCCUUGGGUAAAAUAAUAUUUUCACAGUUUGUACUUUAAAUAAGCUAAGAUUAUUUUCAUUGUUGUAAAAGAAUGUAUCAAUUGUUUUGAAUAAAAUCAAUUUAAUGCAAUCACUUAAUACCAGCUUUAUAAGUUUUCAAAACAAGAUUCCAUAGAUCAGUGGUUCUCAACCUUCCUAAUGUUGUGACCCUUAUUAAAGUUGCUCAUGUUGUGGCUCCCCCAACCACAAAAUUAUGCUCGUUACUACUUCAUAACUAUAGAGUACAGGUGUUUUCAAUGGUCUUAGGCGUUCCUGGGAAAGGGCCGUUCGACCCUCAAAGAGGUCGCGACCCACAGGUUGAGAACCGCUGCCAUAGAUGAAUAUGAGUUCAAAUUACCAGUAUGAAAAUAAUGUAAUAGUAAUAAAAAAUGUUUAAAAGUUAGCUUUUAGUGAAAAUUUUCUUUUGAGUUUCAGUAGUUGAAAUGCAGUCAUUAAUGCUACCAGUUUUUUGUGUGUUAAAUCUUUAAAUUAGCAUUUUUCACUUGAGUAACACAUUUUGAUGACAGGAAGCUGUUAAGCUAUUUAUCAGCAAAUGUGAACAUUCUGGCCUACCUGUGUUUGUCAUUGAACCAAGUUUGUUGCGUGCUUUGAGGGAAAAAAGUAAAAGAAGAUUGGAGCUCUGGAACCAUGAUCACCAUACGUCCGUAGCCUUUGGGGUCAUUGAACCAGGAAUUGAUCACCUGGUUAGUGAAGAGCAUUUUUAUGGGAUAUUUAUAUUCUGAUGAGGAACAAACACAUCACCUCUCUCAUUUAACAGACGUAAAUCAUGAUGAAAUGUCACCAUUUUUUAUUUUUCCAGCAGUUCUAAGUUCCUCACACGUCUUCUCUCCUUAUGUCUUCUCUCCAUGUCUUCUCUCCUUAUGUCUUCUCUCCAUGCCUUCUCACCAUAUGUCUUCUUUCCAUGUGUUUUAUCUCCUUAUGUCUUAUCUACUAUGUCUUCUCUCCUUAUGUCUUUUAUUAUAUUUUUUAUCUCUUUAAUUGAAAUGUAGUCGUGGUCUUUGUGAUCUAAAAGCUUUUUUUCCAUUUCUUUUAAUUCAUUCACUUACUUUUUGCAACGUUCAAUAAGUUGACAAAUAAAAACCUUUCAACUCUUUUACAACUAAUUCUGAACCUUUUUUCUGCACCAGCAUCUUGUAAUGUCAGCCAUGAAACAUGAAUACUAUGAAUUCUGGGAAAAAAAUGACCCAGAUCCCAGAGGCCUGACCAUUCAGCACAGAACUUACCGUUCAGUACCAUCUCACUACGUGCUCUGGGUUCCUGUCCAGGGCCAUACGCCUAUGCUUAUACAUCUGGUGGUGUUUUACAAGAGAGGAGAAUUCUUCUGGCACUCUGCCGUUCAAGAUAAACUACAAAAGCCACCUCACAGCCUUGCAAGGUCACCAUUUUCUUCAAACUCUGGUUCCUACAGCCGGUAAACCAACCUUUGGAUCUCUCUAAUAUAUUAUGUGCUGAUACUUGUGGUCAGAAAAUGCUUAAUAAUUAUUUAAAUUUUGUGUAAUAUUUAUAUUAAGUUUCUAAAACUUAAGACAUUUGUUUAAAUUAUUGUCCACCAAAAAAUUUAUUUGCUGAAUAAAAUAUAAAUUUGUCUAAAUCUUUUUAUUAGCAGCUGAAAAUGCUUUUUAAUUAGCACGGUCAAAUGAUGCGUGAGCAACGUGUGAUAAAAUGUAAGAGCAGCAAACAUGUAGCUAAGCAGGUUCUGCUAUAUCUCAGAACUUUUUUUUUUUUUAAAAAUUAAUGAUAAGCCUUGCAUUUUUUUAAAAUAAAGUCCUUAUUGGUUAUGUUCACUUUAAAAAAAUGUGUCAGGUGUUUGCAAAAUAUUGUAGAUUAAUAGUAAACCUGCAUAUUUUUUAACAGUUGCAAUAUUUUAUUCGGUUCAACACAACAUUGGUUUACCAUGUGUUUUAACAGUUGCGAUAUUUUCUUAGGUUCAACACAACAUUUGUUUACUUGGAUGGGGCACAGAUCUACUAUCCAAGUGACACAUUCACAUUCCUGAAGGAGCUUGAAACAUCAGAGUUUAUUGAAUGCAACUAUACCAGGGCCUAUCACUACUAUGCUGAGUACCAUCUAGAUAAAUCCAAGCCAGUUGAGCUGUUCAAAAGAAAAGCCAGGCAGCUGGUAGUUAUCACCAAACAGGUCCUUGACUCUAUGGGGGUUCCAUUUUGGUUAAGCAGUGGAACUUGUCUUGGUAAACAUGGGUUUUUUCUUUUAUUUUUUUUUUCGAGCUGGCUUUCUUAUAGACCAUCGUUUCCAUAACUUUUAAAGUUUUGCGGAUAAGUUUUGAAAUUGCAGCAGGGACUGGAGCCAGAUUUAUUGAUUAUUUUCUAAUGCAAAUAAAUAUUCAUGUUGUUCCGAGCGGCAUCGUAAAGCUCGGUCCUCUGACCAUCAUUUGGGGAACGCUAUUUUAGGCAAUUUCAGUUUAAGCAUGCGGCAACUCCUCUGUUCUACUGGAUUGUUUAAUUCGUCAAGUUCUUUCACACGUUGAAAUCCGUCAUACUAAUAUUGAAUAAACUAAGGUCCUUUUCAUAAUAAUUAUAACUUAAAUAUCUAAGUAAAUACUACACAUAAACAGAUGCAUAUGGCGCAGCUCGUUAUCAGACAUAAAUAAUACACAUCCUACUUCUACAAAGUUCCAUUCACGACUGUGGCACGACGAAAACUUGCAUCACAAUACAGCCUAGACAAUACGUCACAAUCAGCAAAAAAAUACGUCACAGAGUCAAGCGUGGAAAGAGCAUUCACUAACUAAAAAAACUUUCAAACACACCAAGUGUAAUGAAACAUAAUAAAUAAUAUUUAGUCGCAACAAUUAUUAUUGAACUCCCAUACUCGAAUAGUUAUAGUGCUUUAUUAAUGAGUAAAUAGUUAUAGUGCUUUAUUAAUGAGUAAAUAGUUAUAGUGCUUUAUUAAUGAGUAAAUAGUUAUAGUGCUUUAUUAAUGAGUAAAUAGUUAUAGUGCUUUAUUGAUGAGUCAAGCCUGAGAAACUAUUCAAAUGUAAACAAAUUUUAAGCCUAUUGAAAUUUUAUAAUAAUUUAUAUUAAGUAAUUCUAUCAAUAUCCACAAGUUGUCAACUUCGUUUAAGAAAAAAAUCUUGUAAAGGGUAAACUUGACAGAAAUGUCCCUAUUGUAGUUUACGUGUCCCUAUUGUAGUUUACGUGUCCCUAUUGUAUUAACAUGUCCCUAUAGUAGUUAAAAGGUUUUUAGAAGAGAAAUAGUGUCUAGUUUUUUUAACAUAAAAAAAAACUUGAUUUAUUUGAACAAUGAUAAUUUAAUUUAGGUAGGCUGAUUUAGGGAACAAGGCAUAGACAUUUUUUAAAUUGACACAAUAUUUUUCAUAUAUGUAUUUGCAAUUGAAAGUAAAGUAUGUGUGCUUUACAUUUAUAGCUUUUGCAAACAUUUCCCAUACCAUAUUAUUGUAUCAGUACUGAAAAAGAUUAUUACAGAAAAUAGGUAUUUUUAAUUUUUAUUUGCACACAUUAGUAAAUAGUUUAAACAACUUGUUUUUUAGGUUGGUUUCGACAAUGUGAUUUAAUACCCCACACAACAGAUGUUGACAUAGGCAUUUUCAUUAAAGAUUAUAGAGAAGAAAUGAUUAGUCUGUUGGAGAAUACCGGUCUGGUACUAACUCAUCGUUUUGGCAAGGUUGGUAACCUUUGAUCUACUUUAUAACUCGAUGCAAUAAUCUUUGACCUUUCAUUAAGUCGUUCAACGCUAGAAAUUUCCAGGCCCCAUCCAUCACAUCCAUUUAUCCAGUGCUCAGUGUAAAUUGCAUUUUAAAGUCUUUAGAAAUUUGAUUUUUCAUUUCUAGCUGUCUCUCUAUCUUUUAAAUAGUAUCAUUUAAAACAUUUUGAUUCUACUGCAAAUAAGUGAACUUCUCAGGCAUAAUUUCCUUCUUAAGAUAUAAAAAAAAAUAUUAAAGUGUUAAAUAAUUGGUGUUUUGUCCACCAGCCCACAAUUCUUUCUUUGCUCCCCCUCCCCCAACCAAGAUAGUCUAUUGAGCAGAUAGCCUAUUUAGCAUGUAGUCUAUUGAGCAGAUAGUCUAUUGAGCCUUUUUAAUAUCACCUCCUAGUUGAGACCAAUCACAGUGGACUUACUUUCCCUCCCUUCCAUCCCAUUUUGCCUGUAAUUAACGUCUCACCUACUUAUGUUCUGUCACAUUCCUCUUGAUGUCCUCUCACCUACUUAUGUUCUGUCACAUUCCUCUUGCUGUCCUCUUACCUUAUGUUCUGUCAGAUCCCUCUUGCUGUCCUCUCACCUUAUGUUCUGUCACAUUCCUCUUGCUGUCCUCUCACCAUAUGUUCUGUCACAUUCCUCUUGAUGACCUCUCACCUUAUGUUCUGUCACAUUUCUCUUGCUGUCCUCUCACCUACUUAUGUUCUGUCGCAUUCCUCUUGAUGUCCUCUCACCUACUUAUGUUCUGUCACAUUCCUCUUGCUGUCCUCUCACCUACUUAUGUUCUAUCACAUUCCUCUUGCUGUCCUCUCACCUACUUAUGUUCUAUCACAUUCCUCUUGAUGUCCUCUCACCUACUUAUGUUCUCUCACCUACCUAUGUUCUGUCACAUUCCUCUUGCUGUCCUCUCACCUACUUAUGUUCUGUCACAUUCCUCUUGCUGUCCUCUCACCUACCUAUGUUCUGUUACAUUCCUCUUGCUGUCCUCUCACCUACCUAUGUUCUGUCACAUUCUUCUUGCUGUCCUCUCACCUACUUAUGUUCUGUCACAUUCCUCUUGAUGUCCUCUCACCUACUUAUGUUCUAUCACAUUCCUCUUGAUGUUCUCUCACCUACCUAUGUUCUGUCACAUUCCUCUUGCUGUCCUCUCACCUACCUAUGUUCUGUCACAUUCCUCUUGCUGUCCUCUCACCUACCUAUGUUCUGUUACAUUCCUCUUGCUGUCCUCUCACCUACUUAUGUUCUAUCACAUUCCUCUUGGUGUCUAUUCACCUACCCUACUUAUGUUCUGCCACAUUCCUCUUGCUGUCCUUUCGUAUACUACAUUUCAGCUAGGUGUUAUAUUUAUUAUUUUCUACUGUUGUUUGUAUGCUGAUGUACGUUGUUUGUUUUGUCUGUCUGGUUUUCCCAUACUUUGGCUCAUUUCCUUUGAUCUGAUCUCAUUGCAGUCUCUCCCCCUUAUUGCUCGUAAGCUCCACUAUCUGACUUGACGUGAUGCAAUCCAUUUCUUAAACUUUUUAUCAGUUGCCUUCAUGUUUGUUUUCAUGAUCUCACAGGUGACUGAUAGUUUUGAAUUGUCAUUUCUCUACGGGGAUAUUAAGUUGGACAUUUUCUUUUUCUAUGUAACUGAUAAAUAUGUCUGGAAUGGUGGCACACAGGCAAGCACGGGGAACAAGUACAAGUAAGGACUUUCAUGCACAUUUUGUACCUGGUGGGGUUCAUUUAAUUGUUAUCAAUGACUGUUAAAACUGACUCUAGUUUAGUUUUUAGUAGACAAAUAUUUAAUUACUAAUUCAAACAGGGCCAAAAAAAAAUUAAUAAGUAUAUUCCUUCACUAUAAAUAGCUUGAUUGAUUGGAUACUUUCAUAGAGCUUGUAUCCUCACAGCGCUCUGAUGUCCUAAAUUUAUUUAAAGAAAAAAGUCUUUAAAUGUUUCUUAAAUAAUUUUUUUUAUCAUUCUCAAUUUCUCACAAAGAUAAAGGCAAACCUUUUCAUAAUUUUGGUGCAUCCACACUGGCAACACUGGAUGAUACACCCUAAAAUAGAUGUUGACUUUAGUACAAAGAAGUUUCCUUAGUGAUUGUGUUAUCUAUAAUGUUAUCUAUGGUGUUAUUCAAAUUGGUGUUAUUCAAAUUUAAUUAGGGGCAAAAGAAUAAAAUAGUUAUUAGAAAUAUUUUUUAUUUUUACUUUCAGAUAUAUUUUCCCACCAUUUAAGCUGUGCUGGACUGAGUUUUUGGAGCUUUGGAUUCGCAUCCCUUGCCCUCCAGAGCCCUAUAUUCAUGCCAACUAUGGACCAAGAUGGAUGAUACCAGAUAAAAGCUGGGAUUGGAAAUACAGUCCCAACAAUGUGAUUGAGAAUGGCCAAUGGCCAAAAAAAGAAUGGAAUGAUGUUAUACAGUUAUACGAGUGAUUAAAAGAUGAGACCAUUAGAAAUAAUUCCAUAUAAAUAUACUUUUUUUUAGAAAUAAAAAUUUAUCCAUGUAAUUAAUAUGAAAUCAUUUUUUGUUCUAGAUUUGUUUGAAUAACCUGUCUUUGAUAUAUCAUAUGCUUAUAAAAUUACAUUUACAGUUGUUUUGGAAUAAAAAAUUUAAGUGGUUGAAGGUUGACUUUCCAGAAGCUAUUUCUUCAUAUACAAUAAUUUUAUUUGAUACAGUUGUUAUGUUAGCUGAUGCUCACCUUGAGAGUUUACUAAUUUUUCUCUCCUGGCCAGUUUCUGCAUUUAAUUUUCAUGUUAUUAAAACUCUUGUUGCCAUCUUCUAUCCUCCUUGUUACCGCAUGAUAUUAAACUGUUGCAUGCUGAUCAAUGCAUGAAUGAUUUUGUAAAAAAGAAAAAGAUGUGUAAUCUAUUUUACAAUUUUCAAUAAUAAAUGCCUCAGUGCCAGCGUCCAAUGAGAAGUGAGACAGAACAACUCAUGGAUUUUGAACAGAACAUACUCUCAUUCAGUGGGCUAUGGAAGUGUUGUGUGUCAAACUCAUUCAGUAAGCUAUGGAAGUGUUGUGUGUCAAACUCAUUCAGUGGGCUAUGGAAGUGUUGUGUGUCAAACUCAUUCAGUAAGCUAUGGAAGUGUU